AUGUCGAACAGUAAAAUAUUUAGUGCCCUUAAGAUAUUAAGGACCCGCAAGGAUCUGAAAUAUUUAACUGGUCUACACAGCAGAAACUAUGCUGCAGCAGCAGGUAGUCUGGUGCAUACCAAGUGUAAAAUCGUCAAUGGCGUUUAUGUGGUUACCCUUGAUUCACCUAAUACCAAGGUGAAUUCCUUAAACACUGCUGUUAUGGAUGAGGUGACAACUGUACUUAAUGAGAUUGAAUCAAACCCCGCUAUUCAAGCAGCAGUCCUAAUAUCAGGCAAGCCAGGAUGCUUUAUUGCUGGAGCUGAUAUCACCAUGCUGGAGGCAUGCAACACCAAAGAUGAAUUUGUGACACUUUCUAAAAGAGGUCAUGGCAUUUUCCAUAGAAUUGAGAAGUCACGUAAACCUAUCAUCGCUGCCAUCCAGGGUAGCUGCCUUGGUGGUGGCUUGGAGACAGCUCUGGCAUGCCACUACCGUAUUGCUGUGAAGGAUCCCAAGACUGGAUUUGGUCUUCCAGAAGUUAUGUUAGGACUGCUGCCUGGAGGUGGUGGUACUCAAAGGAUGCCAGUGCUUACUUCAGUUCCCACGACUUUGGACCUAGCUCUCACUGGAAAGACUGUAAAAGCAGAUAAGGCUAAGAAGUUGGGAAUAGUUGAUCUGUUAGUUUCCCCUCUUGGUCCAGGUUUAGGUAAACCAGAAGACAACACAAUGAGAUACUUAGAGACUGUAGCCAUUCAAGUUGCAAGAGACAUUGCAAAUGGCAAAAUGAAAGUAGAUAGAUCUAAAAAGGGAUUAGUUCAGAAAAUCACUGCCAGUGUAAUGCAAUGGGAUAUGGUGAAGAACAUGAUCUUCAACAAAGCCAAGGAGCAGGUUAUGAAAGCUUCGCGUGGUCUCUACCCAGCACCAUUGAAAAUUCUUGAUGUGGUAAGGACCGGUGUCGACAAAGGCCCCACAGCUGGCUAUGAAGCUGAAGCGCAAGGCUUUGGUGAGCUCGCGGUCACUCCACAGAGCAGAGGUCUCAUUGGGCUGUUCAGAGGACAAACUGAAUGUAAGAAGAAUAGGUUUGGAAAGUCCCAAGUUGAUGUCAAAUCGAUCGGAGUGCUUGGUGCUGGUUUGAUGGGUGCCGGUAUUGUGCAAGUGUCCAUCAACAAAGGUUACCAUGUAGUCAUGAAGGAUGCCACCAACGCUGGUCUCUUCAGGGGUGUCGGCCAGAUCCAAACUGGAUUGGCUAACUCUGUUAAAAGGAAGAGGAUUACUGGGCUGCAGAGAGACAAGUACUUGUCAAAUCUCUUACCCACUCUUGAGUAUGAGAAGAUGAGCAAAUGCGACUGUGUCAUUGAGGCUGUGUUUGAGGACAUCAACAUCAAGCACAAGGUUAUCAAGGAGCUCGAAGCUGUGAUCCCUAAACACGCUAUCCUCGCCACCAACACCAGUGCUAUUCCCAUCACGAAAAUCGCUGCCGGCAGUACCCGUCCUGACAAGGUUAUCGGUAUGCACUACUUCUCCCCUGUGGACAAGAUGCAGUUGCUGGAGAUCAUCCGUCACCCCGGCACCAGCGACGACACGGCGGCGGCCGCUGUGGGCGUGGGCCUGCGCCAGGGCAAGGUGGUCAUCACUGUUGGGGACGGACCUGGAUUCUACACCACUCGUAUUCUCUCUACUAUGCUUAGUGAGGCCGUCAGACUGCUACAAGAAGGAGUCGACCCCAAGACUUUGGACAGUCUCACUAAGAACUUUGGUUUCCCUGUUGGUGCCGUCACAUUGGCUGACGAAGUCGGUAUUGAUGUCGGAUCACACAUCGCCGUCGACUUAGCUAAGGCCUUUGGAGAUCGCUUCAGUGGUGGUAACUUGGAGGUGAUGCCCGACUUUGUCAAGGCUGGAUUCCUUGGCAGGAAAUCUGGCAAAGGUUUCUAUGUCUACGAAAAGGGCUCGAAGAACAAGGAAGUGAACCAGGAAGCCGUCAAUAUCCUCAAGGAGAGGUACCCAUUGGAGGCUCGCGGUGCUAACACGGCGGAAGACCAGCAACUGCGAAUGGUGUCUAGAUUUGUUAAUGAAGCUGUUCUCUCCCUGGAAGAGAAGAUCCUGCACAGCCCUCUUGAAGGAGAUGUGGGUGCUGUCUUCGGUCUUGGUUUCCCGCCAUUCACCGGUGGACCUUUCAGGUGGGUAGACCAAUAUGGUGCUGAUAAGUUGGUUAAGAAGAUGGAAGAGUUCCAUGGCCUGUAUGGAGCACCUUUCAAGCCCGCUCAAACUCUCGUAGAUAUGGCUAGGGACGGCAAGAAAUUCUAUCCAAAGUAA